UUUCUCUUCUAUUUUCCUUUAGGCCUGGCUUAAAGCCAAAUUAACUCUGGGCGUGCACAAAAUGUUUCUUUUUGCCAAUUGUUAAUUAAAGUUUGUCAUUUUCAAUUAAAUAAAAGAAUAUAAGCUCCGGAAGUAACGUGUAAAUUUUAACGGAUCAAAAUCAAACAUCGAAUAAAGCUGUAAAUUACAAUGCAGCAUGGAUCACAAUUUGAAGCAGGAAGCAUUGCCGAAUGCCAUUUCCGGGCAUGACUCCAGAAACUGGACGGCAUUGCACGAAGCCGUUGCGGCAGGCGAUGACAGACGAGUGCAAAUCCUGCUGUCGAGCAAUGCGGAUCGCCUGGCCAGGGAAUCGAGUCAGGGCAACACGCCAUUGCACGAGGCGGCCAGUCGAGGACUCAGCCGUUGCGUCAAAUUGCUCUGUGCCCCGCCGACCACCAAGACGCAGCACAAGGAACAGAAGAGCCGGCUGAAGACGAGGGUAGCAAACACGAUCGAAGCUCUGCACAACAGCACGCUGAGCAUGAUUAACAAUGAGGGCCUGACGGCGCUUCACUUGGCUGCUCAAAAGGGUCACAAUCAGAGCUCUAGAGAACUACUGAUGGCUGGAGCAGAUCCCGAUGUGCAGAACAAGUACGGCGAUACUGCUCUGCAUACAGCCUGUCGCUAUGGCCAUGCAGGCGUCACUCGGAUUCUCCUUUCGGCCUUGUGUGAUCCCAAUAAGACGAACCUGAACGGGGACACUGCACUGCACAUCACCUGCGCCAUGGGUCGGCGAAAGCUAACGCGGAUUCUGCUGGAGGCAGACGCUCGUUUGAAUGUGAAAAAUGCUCAGGGCGAUACGCCUCAAAGUAUUGCGAUCAGAAAGAAUUAUCGGGAAAUCAAUGAGAUUCUAAGCACUCCAAAGCGUAUACGUAAUCGUCGAGAGAAGCCAAAAGAUCAUGACAAGUCGGCGCCUGCUCAGGACAAGGACAAAGAUAGUGUGGAUAAGGCAAUCAAUUGGUCGCCCUAUGGCUGUCACUAUUUUCCUGAUCCACGCUCAUUUCCAUCGCCCAAACUGGAAACCUUACCCAAAGAGCCGCUAAAGCAAGGCGAACAGUAUUUCCUUGACCUCGCCGGGAACAUACACAAGGGCCCAGUCAGCGUGGGCAACACAUGCUAUUGUGGUCCCUUCUUCCGGCAUAUUGAGAAUAAACUGAACUGUAAUCGGAAGAGCUUGAAGAAGUAUGUGCACAAAACAAAGGAGCGGCUGGGCCACAAGGUUCAAGCGUUGGCAAUCAAGACGAACGAUCAAAUCGAGCAGCUGACUCGAACAAUGAUCGAGGAUCGCAUUCGCUGUGAGAGCAAGCGUCUUUAUCUCAAUGAAUACCUGCGCCGCGGAGAGCCAUUUCGCUCCACCUACGACAAUCAAACCAAAACUCAAAGGGUCGAACGCACAUUGUCUCGAUGUCGCAGCUUGGACUUGCUUGAGAGUAAUUUCGAGAGCGGCAAAAUGUCGAACUCGAAAAGCGUUGACAUUCUGGAGAACGAAAAUCAAACGGUUGUCGACAUCGUAUACCAUUCGCAGUCGCAGGAGGCGCAGGCUGAGAGCGACUCAAAUGAGGAUACCCAAUCGAAUUCGAGUAUGGGAGUAACAGAGAACCGAAAUGAUGUGAUGAGUGCAGCUGCUCUAUCGACAGCUGAGGAGGAGCUGAAGCAAACGAAAUUGAAUGAACUGAAGCAGGACUUUCUUAAGGUAUCGGAGCGACUUGGAGAUUUGCUAGAGAAGACCACUCUCAUCAUGGAGCGAGACAACGAGCAGGAGAAUAAACGGCAGCUCUGCUCCCUGUCGCCAGAGCAAAGUAAUCCAUCCAUGUACACUCCAGAGAAUCCCUGCCACCUGCUGGACAAUAAGGAGAACGCUAAUAGUCCCAGCUACGAUGAGUAUACAAAUGUACAAAGACGCUAUCCCAACUCAAGCGAAACGUCAAACCCGUCUCAGAACUCAAACAGUUGGGAGUUCGAAACGACUCCGCCGGACGCCCAGAGGUAUUACCAUUGCAUUGGUCGCGGUGAAAAUAUGUUGAACACAGUGAUCAAAGCACUUCGGAAAGAUGCCACCUUUGCGGAUCACAACAAGGACGACGUAACCUUCAAUCAGAAUGAUAGAGAUAGAGUCUGCGGCGAUAAGUUGUUGUACAAGGAGCAAGUUCAAAGCACACCAUCUCCAUCGCCAUCGGCGUCGUGCAGCACAGAUGCCGUGUUUCAUGCGCAACCGUCCCACCCAAGAUCCAUGCAAAAAUCCAUAUCGAAUCUCAUGAAGAGGCAAGCGCUUUGCUUGGAGGACAACUACUCUGUCAAUGCAAAUCUCUAUAACUCCAAUGGCUUGAGUAUUGCCCAAGCAAACAUCCCACACCACGCAGCUGGCGGCGUACAUAUGAGACAAAACUCCAAUGAAGCUGCUGGUAAGGUUGAGAUUAGGAACAGCGAAAUAAAAUACCUAAAGAAAUCGAAUACAGGCCAAGUGAAGGACAUGGUGGCCCAGCUGCAGGGCAGGAUUGAUUCCAACAUGCAGUACGACAAUGAUGUUGGCUUGAGCUACGACUUGCCGCACUCACAAAUGGUGGCGCCUCAGUUGAGCAAUAAUCUCCAUAGCAUAUCUAAUCCUGAAAACGCUGGUCAAUUGCCCUUGCCGAAUGCUUCGUCUCUGUAUGCGGCGCACGCGAGAAAACCCCAAUAUGCGCCAUACGGUGCAGCUGAGAGGCACAUACCCAAAGAUGCUUACUUUCAUGAUCUUCCCAAUCGAUCAAGAAAUCUGCAAAGAGCACAAAACGUUUACUCUGGAGAUUUGGGCAGCGUCAGGCUGCCAGUUGGCUAUGCGGGACCGCAAGAGUUCCGCUCACCCAGUGCCCAAUGCCAAUCCCAAUCCCUCCAUCUGCAGCCACAUGAUCAUGAACCCUUGCACGGGGAUUACAUUAGCCGAGCACCAGCUCUGGCUGACACCAAUCAGCUGCAAUAUCCCCACGGGAAUCUGGCACCAGGCGUCAACUCAAUACGAUCCCAGGCUAUGAUCUUUCGAAGUCAACUCCCGCACAAUGCCCUAAGCAGCGAUGUCGAUAUCGAUGUGGAUGAAAUCGCAUCUGUGGGCUUAUACAAUAACGUUUCCAGCUUGGUUUGAAACACAUGGAGCAAGUUAAUAAUUAAUGUAAAUAAUAUAAUUGUGCAGAUUUUGUAGCUACCAUUUUGUAAAUAGUUGUCACAAUGUAUUUAUCAUAAUUAUUAUUUAGAUGUAUGUAUUUAUAUAUUUAUGUUAUCCUGUUAGUUUGUUGCACUCAGCCAGAUGUUUGGCAGAGCAAAUUCUGGACGCGGCAACGUUUAACAGUAAUAAUAUUUUUGUUU